AUGGAUUUUGAAUCAAAGAACAGUUUCAUAGGGAGCUUUCUUCGGCCACCAGAUAAGAUGCUUCCUGCAGCCUUUGCUUAUAGAGAAUCAAAGAAGUUGGCAGCUGUUGGUGGUGACAGGCCUUCUAUCCCCAGUGACCAAGCUGUGGUGGCUGCUCUGAAAACUCUCCAAGACAAGAUCCACCGUCUAGAGCUGGAGAAGUCACAGGCUGAAGAUAAACUGUGCAGCCUCUCCGUAGAAGCUGCUCAGUAUAAGAAGGCCUUAGAGCAUGAAUCCUACAAAAAGGACGUAGCACAUCAGGAACUGAUGCAACAGAGGAAAGAUAUAAGUGUGCAGUUAAAUGCAGCACAAUCCCGCUGCUCCCUGCUGGAGAAACAGCUGGAUUACAUGAGGAAAAUGGUUUCCAGUGUGGGACUAGAGAAGAAAAUGGUUUUAGAACGACAGAAAGAAGAAGAUCAGAACCGGAUGGAACUGCAUGCAAAACUCGAUAAGCUUGAAGUGCUAGAAAAAGAGUGUCUUAAACUUACUGCUACUCAGAGAAUUGCAGAAGACAAGAUCAAACGCUUAGAAGAAAAGCUUUGUAAAGAAGAGCAUCAGCGUAAGCUAAUACAAGACAAAACUGCUCAGCUUCAAACAGGAUUUGAGAUAAACAGAAUUUUGAUGUCUUCAGUAACAUCUCAAAAUGAACCUAAAAAGGAAAACAGGAAGAAGAAAAAAACGAAAAAGAGAAAUCCUACAGUGAAGAAAAGUCACCUUUCACUGUUACAUGUACAGGCUGGUGAACUACCUUUUGUGGCUGGGAAGUCUGUCAGCUCCAGCCAUUCUGUUAGUGCAAACCUACAAAGUGUGUUGCAUAUUAUGAAGCAUCACAAUCCACGUAUGUCAUCACGAAGCCAAGGAGGAGCUACAUCUGGGAUUUCAGGACGCAGUGCACCUUCCAAAUCUGUAUCUUCUUGUUGCACAUCACCUACUGCUGCCAGAAGUCUUUUGGACCUUGUGUUGGCCAUACAAAAUGAGCUGGGCCAAAUGAGCUUUGAGCAUCAACAACUUCUGAAGCAGGCACAGGAGACUCAAGACUCCAAAGUUCGUGAAGACCUAGAACGGGAACUGGAUUCCCUUGUAAAACAAAUGGAGAUUAAAGGAGAGCAAAUAUCCAAGCUGAGAAAGCAUCAGGCUACUGUGCAGAAAUUAAAGAGAAAUACUCAGAAAUUGAAGCAAGGGGCAGCUCAUGUCAAACUAAAGCGUCGUGACCAAAAGGAAGCAACGGAGAUGUCAGUCACUGUAAGGGAAAGUACGUCUAAAUCUUUUCCUGGGCAGAAAAGCAAAAGCUCUCUUCAGCUGCUUAAAAAUGUGCAGAAACUUCAGUCAACACUGAAAAAAGAUGAUAUCAUGUGGAAGCAAUAA